AUGUAUUUAGAGUAUGCCUUCAUUCAAAUACAGAAUGAAUGCGAGAAAUUAAAUCUAGAACAUAUAGGAAAGUCGAGCAUUUCUUGGUGUAGCAUUUACGUGAGAAUUAACAACAGGUCAAGCAGAAACGAAGAAUUUUUGGAAAGGAGAGUUAUCGCACUGGUUGUGAUUUUGCUAAUUUAUUUGCAAGAUAAGAGUAUACGUUCGAGCUACUCGACAACUUACAUUAUAAUUGCGCUCACCUGUGGACUGCUACUGGGAUGGAGUAUCGGUUCUGUCCUGCAACAAGUAUUCUUCAUCAGAACUGUCGUAAACUCGCAGCAGACACUUUCUUUAGAUGGCAUGAGAACGAUGAAGCUGCACCAAAUGUUAGCGUUGAAAGUGCAAAGCAAAUCGUUAAAUAGCAUGUCGGGAAUGAAUGUUUCCGAAUAUUGA